CAGAAGACAUUUGUCAGGACAGUGUCAGUCUGAUGGUUGAACUUUUGUUUUCACCUGUUAAAAAGGGACCAGUGGACAUGUUCUUCUUACUUUGUGCUGCAUCUGUGAUUUUCACAGGUUUGUCUGGAGCAGAUGUUCUGGUCGCACCUGAAGGCGGGAAAGUGACGUUCGCCCCAGUCAUGAUUCACCCAGGAAAGCCAGACGUGCCCUUUCGAGUAGUGAUAUGGAAAUUUGAAUUAUUUAAUAUUAUAACGUCAUUAAUGGAUUUAAACAACACUGAGCCACAGUAUGGAGGAAGGAUCACCCUCUUCAGGUCUAACGGGUCCCUGGAGCUCAGGAAUCUGACUCUUAAUGACACUGGGACAUACGCUAUUACUGUUAUAACUGAUGACGAAACGUUAACUGAAGAGAUCACACUGGAGGUGUACGUUCCCAUUUCUAAUGUAACAGUAAGUGCCAGUAACACAGAGGUGUUGGAGUUCACCUCUGUCCUUCUGUCCUGCUCCUCCUCUGGAUCCUCCCUCUCUUUCCUCUGGCUCAACGGCAGCUCUGAGGUCACGGCCAGUGACAGAGUCCAGCUCACUGAUGGAGGCUCUUCUGCUCUCAUGAUACACCGUGUGACCCGCUAUGACCGGGGACCAUUCAGGUGUCAUGUGACCAAUCCUGUCAGUGAUGGCACCAGUGAUCCAGUGAACCUCUCUGUCAGCUUCGGCCCAGAAAAUGUCACCGUGACUCCCUCACAAGGAUUUUUUGAGAAUGGCUCAAACAUCAAGUUGACGUGCUCGGCUGUCUCCAGACCUGCCGCACACUUUCAGUGGUUUCUCAAUGGGGACGAGCUGUUGGACACUGAGCGAGAGCUCAGUCUGGUCAAUGUCCACAUGAAUCAAAGUGGGAACUACAGCUGUCAGGCCUUCAACAACAGAACGAUGAAAAAUGAGACGUCCCUCCCUGCGGUCAUCUCUGUUCUCAAGAGAAUCUCAGCUGCUUCUAUCAACUCAACGAGAACACAAGUGUUUGUGGGAGACUCUGUCAACCUGACGUGUGAGGCUGCAGGCUCCGUCUUCACCAGACGCUGGUUUAAGGACGGCUCGGCUCUGACACUGAGCAAUGGCAUGAUGUUUUACAACGACAGGCGCGUGUUGUCUUUUCAGAGGCUGACGAGAGACGACAGAGGAGAAUAUACCUGCACUGUCGCCAACCCUAUCAGCAGCGAAGAAGCCAAAUUCACCAUGGUUGUUAUCUUCGGACCAGAAAAUACUCACAUCAUGGGUCCCAGAGAGAUCAAUGUGAAACAGAUGCUCACACUGAUCUGCUCCGCUGAGUCCAUCCCACCGGCCCGUUACACCUGGUUCCUGAACAAAACCCAGAUCAAGAACGAUGCAGUUGUGUUCACCAAAGCCGCCGUUGAAUUGUCCGACAGUGGAAGCUACACCUGCAAAGCCAGGAAUGAGAUCAGUGGGUCAACCACAGAAGCAGUGCACGUGCUGUCAGUCAAACAACCCUCGAGUUGUUCAGCUGGCUGCGUCAUUGGAAUCAUAUUCGCUUGUUGUGUCUUUGCUGGACUCUUUGUCGGAAUAUGGUUCUACUUCAAGAAACGGGGGAAAUAUUCUGCUUCAGAAUAUACAGACGACACAACAGGAGGUGAAGGCCAUAACAACGUAGCAUUCGUACAGAGGAGUGAGGUGAGUGUCGUCACUGAGCCGUCACCAGUAAAGUCAGCGUCUGUGUACAAGUGUGAUCUGAAUAACGUGUCAGGGAACAGCGUAUCGGAUUAUGCUGAGGUCAGAGUGACGGACAACACUCCCGAAGAACCCUCAGCUUCUUCUACUCCUGAUGCCAACGUGGACGUGAAGGACGCCGUCCCUCAGUCUGAUGCUGAUGAGGCAAAAACUGACGCCCGUGACCUGAUCGCACUGGACGACAUCGAUGAGCCGGUCGACUUAGAUGACGUCACCAUCAGCUAA